AUGACGACGAUGAGGAUGAUCUUGGUGGUCAUGGGUAGUAGGUACGACGACGACACGGAAGAUGACGUUGACGAUGGUGGUGGUAACGACGAAGACGAUGAGGAUGGUGUUGGUGAUGGUAGUAGGUACGACGACGAUGAAAAUGAUGUUGGUGAUGGUGGUGGUAACGACGAUGAUGAUGAGGAUGAUCUUGGUGAUGGUAGUAGACACGACGAUGAGGAGAACGACGAUGUUGACGAUGGUGGUGGUAACGACGACGACGAUGAUCUUGGUGAUGGUAGUAUAGGUAGUCUAAACAAAUGGGUUUGGAAUACAAAUAUUGAAAUGAAGGCAGACACUGGUUUUAAGGUGUUCACUAACAGUUAG